UAGAACAGUCCGACCCGAGGUGUUCUUGAUGUUGUUGUUGUCGUGAUAUCAUGGCGGCCUAGUCGCCGCUUUUCGCCAGUGAUAACCAUGAUUUAAGGUCUACAUUAUAUUUUAUAUCCACACAUCUCAUUUGUGGCGUUGAUUUUUAAUUAUUAAUUAAUGUGAUCUGGACAUCUUGUUAAUAUUUAUUUAUUCAUCGGUAAUGCUGUAACAGCAAUAAUAUUAUUAAAUAUUUCAUAACUGGACCGCCCAACCCAGACGGUUGGGAUAUUAAAUCCAGUCAGUUCACUUAGCGCUGUUUGUUUAAUAUUUUGAUGUAGUAUUCUAUCAAAAUUCAUUAUGAAUGCAAACGAUGGGACCAUGGAAUGUGAAUAUACUACAAAUGAAGGCUUUGAAGAUUUUAAGCUAGAACCAGGAUACAGUGGUACAGAACAAUAUGACUUCCCAAGACCUUAUGAUCAUUCAGAACUAUACAGUGAUUAUAGACCAAAAGAUGGAUCAGGACAAGAUUAUUAUCCAGAAACUAAUGAUUUAGAACCAAAAGAAAAAACCGAACCUUUGUUUGUUAUAGACAAAACUAAAAACUUUAGACUAAAUCGUUCAAUACAAUACGAGACAUCACCAAAUAAAAACAAAUAUGGAAAAAAUAAUUUUGUGGCACAAAGACAAAAUUCAUGUUGGAAUUGCAAUUCUGUAAAUCAUUCAUUACAUAACUGUCCAGAACCCAGAGUUCAAUGGAAAAUUUCAAAAAACCGACAGGCUUUUCUUAAUCAAAAAAAUCAACAAUAUCAAUCAAAUUCUGGUGGUAGAAACCAUAAAAAUCGAUUUGGCAAUCAUAAGAAUGUACGAUACUUUGUGGCAGGGACUAAAACUUUAUGGAGCGAUUUAACACCUGGUAAAUUAAGUGAUGAUUUGUUAAAAGCAUUGGGUGUUCCUAAAAAUGGACUCCCGGUACAUAUUUAUAGAAUGCGAGAGCAUGGUUAUCCUAGUGGAUGGCUUGAAGAAGCUAGAGAAGAAUAUUCCGGGAUAUCAAUAUUUACUACACCCAAUGAAUGUUUACCUCUUCCCGGCAGAGAAAAUGGAAUAAAUGAUUACUUCCAUUGCAAUAUCAAUGAAAGAAAAUUACACGAAUAUCCUGGAUUUAACGCUCCUUGUCCACCAGAUAUUGUUGACGAAGGGAAAAAAUUUGGUUGUCCUGAAUAUAAUCCAGAUCAAAGCCUCAAACAUAUGUAUGAAAGAUUAAAAGUUGGCCCAAUUGGUAAAAAUGGUAUAGCAUUGUCUGGAGCUAGUUGUCAAAGUCAAGACAUAGAAUUUGCAUCUAUCUCUAAUGAAAGCCCAGUUGAAGGAAACACCUUGAAUUUAAAAACCAAAAAAGAAUUGAAGGAUAAACCACCCUCAUCACCCGAAGACGGAGAAAUCACUGAAGAUGAAGAUAGAUCUGACAAUAAUGAUGAAGAGUGUCUUUCUAAUGCAACAGUGCCAGGAAUUGAUGUGAAAAAUGUAUCAAUGUCGUUUGAGAGUAGUGCAGAUACUCAAAAUGAUUCUCAAUCAAAUGUAUCCAAUUCAAAAACGAUGGACAAUGAAUUAGUCUUGACGCCAACAUCAAAAAGGAAAUUCGGUGAUGUGAAAUCUGAAACACUUGGCACUCCGGUCCUCAAAAACUUUUCUUCAUAUGGAAAUCGACCAACACAUGAACAUUUUGCUAAAGGAAUGUCUGAUAUGGUAGAACAUGAAAACUUACCAAAUGCUGUAGGGACAUUUAAAAAGUUAAAAGAAAUAUUGAAGGAUGUGCGCAAGACAAUUAAUGAAUUAUUAUGAGUAGGUAUUAUUAUGAAAAUUUACUUCCAAAUUUAUUUAGACAAAAUUAUUUUGUCAAUUAUAUUUUAAUUUCAUCAACAUGAAUAGUAAAAAACAUAUUCCAUGACUGUGAACUGUUAAUGACAAAACAUCCUUAAUUUUAUAACUUAAAUUUCAAAAAUAGUUCUAUUUUGUUUAUGUGUAUUUAACAAUAUUUAUAUCAGCUUAUAAUAAUAUUAUAUUCAUGAAAAAUAUAUAACAUUAAUAUACAAAUAAUGCAUCAUUAUUCAAUUAUCUUUUUGAGACCAGAAUAUAAUAUAUACUUAUUAUUUGUGUUUAUUUACCUACAAUAAAUUCUAGUAUAGUUAUCUAAUAUAUUGACAUACAAUUAAAAAUAUCAAAGCA